UUCAUUCAUUCAUUCAUUCAUUCAUUGAUUCACUCCACCCAUCGGCCUUUUCAAUUGAUUGAUUGAAUUUCACGUCCGAUAAUGAUGCAGAGGUUAAAAUGAUAAUUGCAGAUUUCAACCAAACUAUAGGCUGCUCAGGACACAUUGAAUGUGAAAAAUGUGAUAGAAUGUUAGGUGAAUGUAUUACACAAUUACGAAUACAUUUCUCAUUGCACGACACUGCCACUUCUUCACUAGAGGAUGUAAAAAUUGUACAAUGAAAAUGUUCAACAAUAAAGAAAUAUCACGGCCGUUUCUUCGGUACAAAUUACUCGCCUGAAACAGAGCGCCCAUUAAAAAUGAAUGAAUGAAUGAAUGAAUGAUGCAAAAAUAUAUUUUACAAAUAAAUGCGUAAAUAAUCUUUCUACCACCGUCAUGUUAUAAUAAUUGCACUCCACCCAUCGGCCUUUUCAAUUGAUUGAUUGAAUUUACCAUCCGACAACGAUGCAGAGGCUGAAAUGAUAAUUGCAGAUUUCAACCAAACUAUAGGCUGUUUAGGACACAUUGAAUGUGAAAAAUGCGACAAAAUGUUAGAUGAAUGUAUUACACAAUUACGAAUACAUUUCUCAUUGCACCACACUGCCACUUCUUCACUAGAGGAUAUAAAAAUUGUGCAAUGAAAAUGUUCAGAAAUACAGAUGUAUCACAGCCGUUUCUUCGGUACAAGUUGGAUGACUGAAACAGAGCGCCCAUUAAGAAUGAAUGAAUGAAUUAAUUAAUUAAUUAAUGACGCAAAAAGAUGUUUUACAACUAAAUGCGUAAGUCAUCUUUCUAGCACCCUCAUGUUAGAAUUAUUGCAAAAAACAUUGAAUGAAAGACGUCUUAUAGCAAUGUAUUCACAAUGGCAUAUCUCUCAGUGCCACGUAUUUUUUCCCUGCACACAUUGAAUAUCCAAGUGCGACGAAGUUCAAGGUUCCAUUGCAGACUUUGAAUACUCAGUCCUUUUGACAGAACGAUGGCGUUAGUAAAUUCCAAAUACUGCAUGUAAUAUACAUCAAGUGCAACGAUGUUUACUCACGGUAAACGACGUCAAUCUGUCACCGAAUCAACAAUGACUCUUCUUCCAUGGCUGAACAAACCUCUCAUCUCGAUGCAUUCACGUGCAGCCUAAAUAAAUGAGAAAAUCGCUCUCGAAGAGGUCACCGAAAAAGUGCAUGAUGCUGUUAUUCGGCAAGGCAGCGCACCUUAUAAGCGAAACGCAAAGCAAAAAAGAAAAAAAGAAGAAAGCAAAAAAAAAGCAGCCGCUCAAUCGAAUUGCAAACUUUCGAUGCCUGGCUAUUGGUGACCGUGAGGAACUAGAAGGAGCAGAUUGCAAACAUUAUGCGAACGGGCCAUUUCGAGACUAUGACCGUUGACGAGUCCUCGUUGAGUGAGUCAAGAGCUGUCAAAGCUGUCUUUGCUGGUUCAUCGCUUUAAUGCGAGCAGGCUCGGAGGACGGCGGCCGCAAGGCGCGAGCUAUCUUGCGGUGCACGUGGUGAAGAAAACACGGCGGGGUUCAAGGCUUGGCACGCUAGGCACGAGCCAACGCCGUCUCGCAACCGCUGCCUCCAGAAGGUCACCACCGCGCGAAAGAAAGAGAGAGUGAGUGAAAAAAAAAUAAGGAGAAAGGUGAUCGGUAUGGCCUGUGUUUCCGCGUUUCACGUGGAAAGGCCAUCUCGAGCGGACCGACGCACCUUCCUUUCGUCGUGACGACAUGCGUGAUUAUAAAAGAAGGUGGGCAUCGAGUCCACGCGCCGCUUGCCAUACGCGAAGUCGCUCUAUUCAAGGCGCCGGCUAUUGAGAGGUCUGCUGGAGAUGCGACGGGGCGUCUCUUUUACGCUCGGACUCGCAAAUGCCAUUAUUAUAGGCGGUAACGAGCGAACAAUGCGCACAGUGUGGUUUAGUUCGACGAACUAAUAUCGCGUUUAAGAAUUCAACGACUUUAUUAAACGCCCAUGAAUAAGCAGUGUGGUCUUUCGGCACCUUGAUCCGGGCUUGGCGUGUUUGGCACACACUCUUUUUGGAGUCCGUCAUGAUUUUUCAAAGGAGCGCCAACUGUUCGUCGACGACGUCGGCCUUCUUAGUGCUAACUGUUUUUCUGUGCGUUUUGGCGGCGUCCUGCCUCUGUGAUGGCGUGACGGACUCGGACCUCACGACCGCAGCGACGGCGCAGACGAACGUGAGUUACGUGGCCAAGCUCAGGGAGUUCAUCGGCAAUGCCAUGGACGGGGCCUCCCCUCGACUCGCGCGCAAGGUCCUCGAGGCGGAUUUAUCGGUCGACUGCAGCAUCGGCCUUUUCAAGUUGGUGCGUGGCAUCCGGAACCUAGAACCAUGGGCGAUGCGAUUGUUCGACGCCUCUGGAAAGUACCCGACUGGGGCCCUCACGACGACGCGAGUCGAUCUAGGUGCUUUCGACGAGUGCGUCGAGACCGUGGUGCGUGACGACUACGGCCACGAAACGGUGCGCGCGCAGUACUGCAACCUAAUGGUCUACGCCGGAAACAAGACGGACCUCGACGACCACAUCACAAAAGCCGUAACGUUAUCGCACCCGCGGGUACCGAAAUUUCGAGAGCACGUUUACGAGCAGAGGGUUCCGAUACUACGAUUAGGAAUCUGCGUGCUCGAUGCCUGCAGCGAGCGAGAACUGAACUCCCUGUUAAAAGCAGUGCUUCCUGGUAUUAUAGACGUCACUAUCACAAACUGCGUCACAUCUUUACCCCCUGCUAUUACGAAGACACAACUUAUAAUUCUAGCAUGUCUCGGGGCUCUUACCUUGCUGAUCGCGCUUGGAACAGCAGUGGACGUGUGUUGCUCCAGCAGCAAGGAGAAAGGGCCAGCCAAGAAUAUGCUACUUUCCGUUCUGACGCCAUUUUCUGUGGUGUCCAAUACCCGAAUGAUGCUCCACAUAGCGACAGACAAGACCUCCGACUCCUACAGCAUGAAAUUUCUGCAUGGCAUUCGUUUCUUCAGCAUUGUCUGGAUCCUUGUAGGACACAGUUAUGGUGCUCCUUCGGAUGUCUGGUCUCGCAUGGUGAACGUCAUAAUAUACGCAGAAAAAUGGCAAAAUAUAUUUACAGCGGUUGGGUUCAUGAGCGUCGACUGUUUCUUCUUCCUGAGCGGAUUUCUCCUCGCUUAUGUCGUGUGCAAGCAAAAGAGGACCGGAGUCGUCUUGUUCGUGUUAGCUACGGUCAGAAGACUAAUCAGAACCAUGGCUCCGGUCUUCUUUCUCAUUAUGGUCUUGCACCUUAUGCCACUCAUUACGUCCGGACCGGAUGCAAAGACCUACUUCGACAAGGUGCACAGCGAAUUCCAGAGGCAGUGGCUGCUUAUACUGCUGCAAGUGCAGAACUACGACUUCGAGGUCAAUGCCAACUCGCCUGUGUUGGGUCAUCUAUGGUAUCUGUCCCUGGACUUCCAAUUCUUCCUCGUUAGCUUGCCAGUGCUCAUCCUCUUGAAGAAUCGCCCAAGGUUUGCCGUGGCUGCCUUUGGCCUGCUGUCCCUCAUAGCCUGUUCCGUCGCAACGUGGCAGGUUGCCGGAAACGAAAUGACACCGUUCAUCCUACCAGUGACCGAGUCACUAACAACUUUCUUGAAGACUGGCUACCACUACUACUUCUAUCCAUUCUACCACGCUGUGUGCUACUUCGCAGGCUGCAUGACGUUUUUCUUCGUCGCAGAGCUUAAACAGAAAAAGAUUUCUAAGGCUGUCCAGACAGCAGCCUGGUGCGUCGCCAUCGCCUGCGGCUUGUGCUGCAUCUUUAUGAAGGUGCCUUGGUACCAGGCAAAGGACCCCACCACUGAGUCCGGAAAGUUAUCCAUAGCGUUCUUCGACCGCAUACUAUGGUCCUUAUGCUGGGCUUGGAUCACCUUCGCGUGCGCCACGGGGAGAGGAGGCUUUGUGGGCACGUUCCUUUCGUGGAGUGCCUUCACACCCCUCAGCAGGCUGACCUUCGGCGUGUACAUCAUCCACCUGCCCUUCCUGCAACUUUCGCUGCACAUCGCUCGGGAGCGGUUGUUCUUUUCGCAUUUCUUCGUGGUGUCCUUCUUCUUCACUCUGCUCGUUUGGAGCUACCUGCUCAGUUACCUGCUGUUUAUAUUUUGCGAGGCACCGACAGGCAAGCUGGACAAGCUUAUCUUCGAGCGUCGACGGAAGAAGGCCGAUAAGGAAGAAGGAAAUGAGCUGCCAAAAGUCAGCGCAGCACAGGACAAACUGUCGUUCGUCAUCACAAGUCUCACAGAUAGCAAAUUUGCACUACCCGCUCAAAACAACAACAGCAGCAAGGAGGCAUUUAAUGAAAUUCAUUAUAAAAAUGGCAACGUGAGCUGCCAGCUAUAGCAGUAUCUAUAGUUAGUGGCAUGGUUAUUGUGGUGUCAGACAAGGGGUGUAGACUUAAAGAUGUAAGGCAAAAGAAAGAAUCACGAAAAGAUGGGUAAAUAGAACCUUAAUCCAAAGUAGAAGCAUCAUACAGAUGAAGGCAAGAGUGAGCCAAACUUUACAUUUUCUUUUGUUUCUUAUCACCAAGAUAUCAACUAAAUGUGCCAUGCAAAAAGACUAAUAAAAUCUUCUUAUUAAUAUAUGCA